UAAAGGAGAAAGAGGUAAGAUAUUGAGAAAUCCCUCAGAAUGGCUGCUCGCGAAUCUGGCAGGAUCAAGGAUGCGUAUCAGAAGAGGGUGCUCGAUGACGCUGCGCGUAAGCGCCGGCAAAAGAAGGCCUUGGAAGCGUUGGAGCAGGAUAACUUUCACGACGACCCACACGCCGAUCUGGUGAUGAGCAAGAAAGUGCCAAAAUUUCAAGAGACGCUGGACAGCAGGGACACAGGCAGAAAGAAGAAGACGCGAUCCGCAGAAUAUUACAAGCAGCGUUUUCGCAAGACCUUUGUUCAAUUGGUGGAGGAGGAUCUCAAUGUGAAUCCGAACGCCCCGAAUUACGCCUGCGCCCAGGCACCGCCGUCACGUUUUCCAGACAGACAUUUCUGCGCGGUCUGUGGGUUUCCCAGCAAUUACACUUGUAUACCUUGUGGUGCCAGAUAUUGCUGUGUCAAGUGUCUAGGCACUCACAUCGACACGAGGUGUUUGAAAUGGACGGCCUAAGGAUAUUUUAUGUAUUUAUAUAUUAUUUAAUAAAAAACAAACGCGUAUAUCUUA